CUCCCGUGAUGGUCCCCUAGUUACAGUGGCCAUGGAAACGCUGCCCGCUGGUCCAGAUCAGAUGGCUCGCUGGCUCCCCUUGGAGGCCACCUUCCAUUCCUGCUGCUUGACGACCGGGCGUGGCUUUAAAACGCGCGCGAGGAGCGCUGGGAGUUGUAGGCCACAGGCAUGGCUGCCCUGGAGCGGAGCACGGUGGGAACUGUAGUUCCUAGGUCGAGGGGGUUGGCGGCCCAGACCGAACUCCGGCCUCCUACGGAUGGCGGCUGCGACAAGCAGCUUCCGGCCCCGGGGCUCGCUUCUCGGGCUGCUGGUGCUGGUCUCGGCCGCGACCGCCACCUGGGACUUGACUUCGCUGCGCUGCAACUUUGGCUCCUUCUGCGAAUGUGACUUCCGGCCAGACCUGCCGGGCCUGGAGUGUGACCUGGCCCAGCAUCUGGCUGGCCAGCAUCUGGCUAAAGCGCUGGUCUUGAAGUCGCUGAAGGCCUUCGUGCAGGACCCAGCCCCCACCAAGCCACUGGUCCUCUCCCUGCAUGGCUGGACUGGCACCGGCAAGUCCUUCGUCAGCUCCCUGCUGGCGCAGUACCUGUUCCGGAGCGGCCUCCGCAGCCCCCACGUGCACCACUUCUCCCCCAUCAUCCACUUCCCACACCCCAGCCACAUCGAGCGCUACAAGAAGGAUCUUAAGAGCUGGGUCCAGGGGAAUCUCACUGCCUGUGGCCGUUCCCUCUUCCUCUUCGAUGAGAUGGACAAGCUGCCCCCAGGCCUGAUGGAGGUGCUGCGGCCUUUCCUGGGUUCCUCCUGGGUUGUGUACGGAACCAACUACCGCAAAGCCAUCUUCAUCUUCAUCAGCAACACGGGUGGUGAGCAGAUCAACCAGGUGGCCUUGGAGGCGUGGCGCAGGCGCCGGGAACGUGAGGAGAUUGGCCUACAGGAGCUGGAGCCCAUCAUCUCCCGGGCCGUGCUGGACAACCCACACCAUGGCUUCUGGCGCUCGGGCAUUGUGGAAGAGCACCUGCUGGAUGCCGUGGUCCCCUUCCUCCCACUGCAGCGACACCACGUUCGGCACUGCGUGCUCAACGAGCUGGCCCAGCUGGGGCUCGAGCCCCAGGACGAGGUGGUCCAGGCUGUGCUGGACAGCACCACCUUCUUCCCCGAGGACGAGCAGCUCUUCUCCUCCAAUGGCUGCAAGACCGUGGCCUCCCGGAUCACCCUCUUCCUCUGACACUGGGCUGACAGCCUCACCUCCUCUGCCUGGCUAGUGCCACACAGGAAAGGCCUGGGACCUCUGCUUAUGGACCCCAUCCCAAGCCUACUGGAGAAUGGGCCCAGAACACAAAGUCAAGAUGAAGAGGGGCCAAGGACAAAGGGCCAGGAGGCCCCAGCCUCUGAACCGGUGAGUGGGCAACAUGCCCUUGGCUACCUCCUCCAGGGAAACCUGGUCGCCCCACAACCUCACUCUCUUGACCUCACCCUGCAACCCGGGUCUACGUCAUGUGAAUUGUAACUCAGGGACCGUGGUUCCUGGCUGCUCCCUCCUUCCUGGCUCUCCUUCCAGAGCUCCUUGGCCCCAUACCUGACCCCUGCCCCAUCCCUCAGCCUUUGUUUCAGAAUCACAGGCCACGCAUGGAGGUUAUUCAAGCUGCCAACUGAGCCUGGACUUAGAAGUUUUUAAUUUUGUAAAUGAACGAGUAUAAUAAACUUAGCCAUGGGACCACAGGAACGUUGGCUGG